AUGGAGAGACGAGCCAAAACAAUUGAGACUCAUCUAAAGCGCAUUAAAAUUCCGAAAGGGCUUCUUGAAGAAUCGGUAAAAAUAGGCCUAGAAUGUGCUGAUAAGGUUACAAAGCUCUUAAAGGUAUCUGCUGCUGUUGGAUUACUGUCGGCGUCAAGAAAAAGAGGAAUCCCGUAUUCUGUCUCUGAUGUGGCAGAGAUGAUGGGGAUUGAUCGCAAAAAAAUUUUCCAUGCGUUUUCUAAGAUGCAUAUUGGCGAUGCAAUAACCCCAAUCGAGACUCUCAAAACAAAUUAUUUGGAAAAAUUCCUGAAGGAAUAUUCUGGAGACAAUUCUCUUACUUUUUACUUGGUAAUAAACAAAAUCUGCUGUGCUUUUUUUUAUUGGUAACUUUUAAUAAUAAAUAACUCUAAUUUUAAAUAUUAUCAAAAAAAAUUAAAACAAAAAAAUUUACAAUUUCUUUCAAUAUAUUAUCAAAGCAUAUCUCAUCAUUUAGUUAAAGAGUUAGAGAAAAGGCGUUUGAGCUGCUAAAACUUGCAGAUGGUGAGACUCCGCGGGCUGCCGCUUUAUCAGCAUAUAAUAAAGCUCUUGAUGAGUGCGGAUACAACUACGAAUUUAACACAUUUCCUAUGAAAAGAAAAAAGUCAUAUGAUAAAUUGCUAGCGCAACAGCAAGAAUUGCUCAAUGCUAACUCUACCCCCGUUAGCGAUAAAAAAUUUUGUCCAAUAAUGGAGUUUCGCUAUUUUUUUAAUUUUUCAAUAAAUUUUAUAAAUUUUUUUUCGCAUUUUAAAAAAAAUAAAUUUGAAAUCAAAAAAAUAAAUUAAUUUGUAAUAUUUAUGUUUUAGGAUGCGAGCUAUUAAAAUCUAGCACAAUUAGCUAAGAUUUCAUUAUUCUAAUUAACACUGAUAUAUCAAAUAUCUUUUAUAACAAAUUUUCUAUUCACUCACAGAGGGUUUCUUUAUAGGGAUUUUUGGUUGCUUUCGGAUAGGGGAGUAAGCAACCUAACAUUAUCGUUUCUAAACAAUAUAGUGUACGACUGUUGUCUUUGAUUUCAGGAAUGCAACCCCCUGAAAACCCUUCUCUUCCUUCUCUUUCACUUUUAGACCUGGAAAAGCAAGAACUUUCCGAUGCUUUAGGGUUAUCUUUGUCAAAAUAUGCAGCUACCUAUUAA